UCGCGAGUCGCGCAUGACAAGUUGAGGGUGCGCUGUGUUGUGUUUAUUUACUGUUUACGUUUUUCCUUUUGCUGAUGUUUUGGUGAAAUUAAGCAAAUAAUGGACAAUUUCCAGCUUAAAAAACAAAAGGCGGAGGAUUUGGAGGUGACUGGUGUCUCUAGAAGCGGUAGAGUUCGUAAAAAAUCAUCGAAAUUAAUGGACUUUGAAUCCCCCGAUGAAAUAGACAGAAAUUACAAACGUCAAAACGCAGCGCCACGUAAGCAUUCCGAUCAAUUCGAUUUACUCUCGCCGCGAUCGAACAGAGAUGUUAAACCAUUUCCUUCGCCGCAAAAAUCCGAAGAGGAAUAUCCGUACGACGAUAUGGAUCCACAUGGUAGUGGAUCAGAGUUCGACAGCGAAACGUACGACGAUGGCAAUCAACCGGAAUCUUCCGAAGAUAGCAUGGGAUCGGAGACCGAUUACGAGGACUCGCCUGAACCCGCAGGUUUUCGUAGGCUGGAUCCCGACGCAGAUAACUUAGGAAACCAAAGUCUGUACAUGGCGGAGAAGUCCGCGAAGAAGCGGCUGGUGAUUAAGGAUGGAAAAAUCGUCGGACGCGCAAAGGCCCAAAGGAAAGAUAAAGGCAAAACACGAUUUACAGCGUACAUGUUAUGGGCACGCGAUGUUCGUGCCGAUCUUUUAAAAUCUAAUCCUUCAAUGGAUUUCUCGCAAAUAUCUAAACGUUUAGGUGAACUUUGGGCGACAGUGCCCUCUACUGAAAAGUUUACCUGGCGGCGUCGAGCACGACGACUCAAUUCAAAACCUAUUGCAGAACAGCAAGAUCCAAAAUUCAAAAGCACAGGCAAGAGCGGAAAUAAGUUCAUUAACAAAAAAGGCGGGGGUGCCGGAGCGGUCCAGAGUCCGUCGUCCACAUUCCAGCUGGAGCUGCCGUCACUUGGAAACAUAAAUAACUCGCCGCCCAGUCCACGAGGGAGGGAGUCCAACUUAAUCUUCAAGUCUACCGGGAUAAAACCAAUCGAUGUCGCCGCGCAUUUGAAGCUUCUAGGCGAAAGCUUGACGAUUAUAGGCGAACGACUUAAGGAGCAUGAGGGACAAAUUGCGGUAUCUGGUAGUUUAUCUGUGCUUCUUGACUCUCUGUUAUGUGCCCUUGGUCCAUUGCUUUGUCUAACUCAACAGGUGCCCGAGUUACAAGGGAGCAGCUGCACUACUGAACAACUUGCUACGAUUUUGGAUAAUGUAGCUUUUAUCAUGCCCGGAUUGUAAAUUAUAAACAUUAAUAUUAUUUAAAAUAAAUAAUUAAUUUCG